ACUUCAGGAGGGGCGAUUUUAGGUAAUGGAUGAUUUUUCUUCCACCCUCUUGAUCUUGAAGCAGAAUGGAUACACUGAAGAUGUAGAUCCAUCGUCCCUACCGCUCGUAGCGCAUUUGUUGUGCGACUUGCAGAAACUACAGUUGGAACGACUUACUUUUGAUGCUACCUUAGCAGCCAAUGAAGAUCGAAUAAAUCAACUGCUCAAAGAACUCGGAGAAGUUGAUUCAAAGUAUCAGAUUCUUCGUGAUGAAAAUGAAACGCUAAAAAGGAGGGUAGGCAAUCAAGAUGCGGGCGGCGAGUACUCGGCUCAAGAAUACGCAGAACUGAUCCAUACUCUCACCAUGGAAAAGGGUCAAAUCGAAGAAGAGCGCCACACUCUCCAAACCCAGCUCGCCCUUCUCCGCCAAACGCUCUCCGACCGCGACUCCCAAAUCCAAACCCUCAACAAAAUCACCUCGCAGCUCCGCAAGGAAGUCACUCUCUCCGCCUCGGACCGCUCUCUACUCCGCUCCUUCCAGUCCCAAAUCAGCGAGAUGCAGCAAGUCUACAGCGCGAGCCAGCGCGAGCUGCAGUCCCUCCGCGCCUCCGAGCAAUCCGCCAAAGAGCGCGAGCACGCCCUCACGCUCCAACUCGCCGAGUCCCAGCACGCCUGCCGCCUCCUCGAGGAGGCUUCGCGCGCCGAGAAGACCCGAACCCGUACGCCUCCCGCGGGGAAUCGACCAUAG